UGUCACUGAAACGACUUGGAAAAAGUUGUUUAUGAAAAUUUUAAUUCGAGUAUUAUAACAUACAAUAAAAAUCAUAUUUAACUCUAGGAAGAUUUAAAAUGGAAGUCAAAAUGAUAAAAUUACCUCCCAUGCCGGUAAUGAUUGGUUCAGCACAAAAAUUUCAAGGUAUACCAGAGCCAGGAGAUCACAACAAUCGUCCACUAAUGGUUAACGCGUGGUCACAAACUACCAGUGACGAUUUCUCAUAUUUAUAUGAAAUCGAAAAUCGUGAAAAACAAUCACAAAGAGAAAAAGAUUUGGAGGAAAAAAUAAGAAUACUUGAGGAAAAUCUUAAGGCCCACACGGAACUACUGACACAAAUACAUGCCACAUCGGCCAGAACAACAGCAUUAUUGUCACAACAGCCAUCAACAACACAACAGUACAAUAACAGCAAUGUUACUUUUAAUAGUCCGAACAUGACUACUAUUAACAGCAGCAACACUACAAAUAGACCGUCACCACAAUUAAGUCCCAAAAUUGUUAAUGCCUUAAAUCCCAUACAACAAGUUAGCUGUUCUCCGGCCGAAAGUGUUAAAUAUACGAUUAUAGCUGAAGGUACUGGAAAUGAUAAUGGUGAACCUAUAGAAAUUCAAUUGGCCGAAGAUGAUGGAGCAUUAAAUUUAAAUAGUUCAGCUGAUUCAGGACGUUUAGAAAUUUGCUUGGCUCCAGAAGAUAACAUUGAGAUUAAGUCAGAAUAUAAUAAUGGAAAUAAUACAUUGAACAUACAACAACAGGGACCAGCUGAGCACACACUGGAUAUAACUCCUAGUGAAAAUCAUUUUUUAAAAAGACGUAAACUGGCGGCAGAACAACUGGAAAUGCUGAGUAAAACUACAAACUACACCCAUCAUGAUCAAUCUAUUUCGCCUUUGAACAAUGUACCACAAAAAUUGCCAGUUCAAAAACGUCGCAGUAGUGGUAAUAGUUUACUUAAAACUCCUAAAGUCCAAAUAAUCAAUAAUAUACAAACCAACGCACCUAUGCAAGAUAUCAUUCCCUCACCCACAAACAAUAGCAAUUCAUCAUUUAACAGUGCAAAUGGUGAUGCAAGCAUGAUUGGCAUAGAUACAGAUAAUGUAAUGGUUUCCAUAGGACCCAACAACACUCGUAUACCAGCUAAACUUUACGAAAACAUGAAUUGGUCGUCGGCUUCGAUCGCAACAAGAAAACUCUUAAUGGCCAUAUUUGAUCGCAAUGUCUUGGCAACACAUUCAAUGACGGGCAAACCUUCGCCGGCCUUUAAAGAUCAUGGCAAACCCAUAAAACAACAAUUGGAUCCUCUAAUAGUAGCCGAUAUUAUAUUUGCCGUAACGCGCAAAUGUAAGGCUUCCGAUAAGGAAGUACGUAAUGCCAUCACCACCAAAUGUGCCGAUGAAAAUAAAAUGAUGAAACUACAAAUGAAUAAACGCACACCAAUGAGAGAAAUGAAUAAGGAAAACAUGAUGGGUUAA